CGUCAAGGACUUCCAGUGGAAGCGCCUGGCGCCGCUGCCCAGCCGCCGGGUCUACUGCUCCCUGCUGGAGAGCGGCGGGCAGGUCUAUGCCAUCGGGGGAUGUGACGACAGCGGCAUCCCCAUGGACUGCUUUGAGGUCUACUCCCCCGAGGCCGACCAGUGGACCGCCCUGCCCCCCCUGCCCACAGCCCGGGCCGGGGUGGCCGCCAUCGCCCUGGGGAAGCGGAUCAUGGUGAUCGGGGGUGUGGGCGCCAGUCAGCUGCCCCUGAAGGUCGUGGAGAUGUACAACAUCGAUGAGGGCAAGUGGAAGAAGAGGAGCGUGCUGCGCGAGGCCGCCAUGGGCAUUUCUGUCACGGCCAAAGAUUGCCGAGUGUACGCGGCAGGCGGGAUGGGCCUAGACCUCCGUCCGCACAACCACCUCCAGCACUAUGACAUGCUCAAGGACAUGUGGGUAUCACUAGCACCCAUGCCCACCCCGAGAUAUGCUGCCACCUCCUUCCUCCAAGGCUCCAAGAUCUAUGUGCUGGGGGGACGACAGUCCAAGUAUGCAGUCAAUGCCUUUGAGGUCUUUGACAUCGAGACUCGCUCCUGGACCAAGUUCCCCAACAUUCCCUGCAAGCGGGCCUUCUCCAGCUUUGUGACCCUGGAUGACCGCCUCUACAGCCUGGGGGGCCUGAGGCAGGGUCGGCUCUACCGGCAGCCCAAGUUCCUCCGGACCAUGGACGUGUUCGACAUGGAACAGGGGGGCUGGCUGAAGAUGGAACGCUCGUUCUUCCUCAAGAAGCGGCGGGCAGACUUUGUGGCCGGCUCUCUGAGUGGACGGGUCAUAGUGGCUGGAGGACUUGGGAACCAACCCACGGUCCUGGAGACGGCAGAGGCGUUCCACCCCGGGAAGAGCAAGUGGGAGGUCCUCCCCACCAUGCCCACGCCCCGCUGUGCCUGCUCCAGCAUAGUUGUCAAGAAUUGCCUCCUGGCUGUGGGGGGCGUCAACCAGGGUCUGAGCGCCGCGGUGGAAGCGCUGUGUGUCUCUGACUCCUAGCUGUCCCUGGGCCCAGCACCUUUGCCCCGGACCAGAUCACUCCACUCUUGGGCAGUCUGGGUGACUUCCCAGGAUGCUAGGUCCUGUCAGCAGCUAGUGGGCUCAGGCCCUGGGGCUCUGAGGGACCUCCCUCCACCUCCAAACUGUACCAAUCCCAGGAGACGGUAAGAAGACGCGUUGACUCCGCCAGCCUCCAGCUGGAGCCCAGCAGAGCUCUGAGGAGACUCCUCCCUUAGUGCUCAGGCAGAGGAAGGCCCAGGAGUACCUGCUACCUCCCCUUCCAGUGAGCUCUGCCCACCACCACCACCCCCACCCCCACCCCCA